AUGGAAGAAGCUUCAACGACCACAACAACAACAGCCAAGAAGACUGUCAUUUUUGCCACCCCAGAGUCAGAAUCGUUUUGGUUUGAUGGUGUGACGGAAGAAGAACGAGACGAUGUGUGGUUUCGACGCACCGACUAUGUCGAAUUCGUCGAGGCGGAAUUGCGACGACGAGAAUUGCUCACGGAAAUUGAGGAGGGCAACAACAAGAAGCAUGCUCGUCGCUCCAGUGAUACAAGCAAGGGCGAAUCCGAAAUGAAACACACCUUUACGCGACGCAUGGUGUCGAGAACAUUCUCCGCUGGACCCACUGUACGACGAAGGCGGCGCUUGCCGCGACGAGAAAGGAACGAACUCGACAUUUCCAAUCAUUCCUCCUCUCAUGUGAAAAAGCGACAACUAGCACGGACGCCCAGGAAUGCUGCCUCUGAUGAUACGAAUGAACAAGAACCAGUCAACGCGACAACCGUCAAGGCCAUGGCAGCCAGUGUGGGAAAAAUCAGAAGUUCCAUUUCGGGGGAUGCUGUUCCUGUGGCGGAAAAAGAGCAGUUGGAGAGCGCCGCUGCGAAACCGACGCAAUCCACCGCCGCAAGCAACAGUCCAGUUGCAGCAAUCCUUGACAGGGAUCUAACACCACCACCGCUAGAAAUUAUUGAACCGGCGCCGGCGAUUGGGACAACCAGCCCUCCCAAGGCAUUGACGGUGUAG